UUGGGUGUGAUGGCGAGUCCUUACUAAGCAGUGGCAGCGGGGGUUGGUGAAGAACUCCUUCCGAUAGGCCAUCUUCCCAUUUCUUUACCUCUCCGAUUUCAACGUCCGCCGACGAGUUUUCCGGCCCGGAGUAUUCGGUGAAGAUUUUGAUUUACGCAGGUGACUCAUAGCUAUUAAAAAUGGGCAGUAAAGGUCGUAUUCCGCCUCCACAUGCAAGGCGAGCUAUUCCAGGUUCUGGUGUACUGCAUCCAGAACCAUUUGGUCAUGGAAUACGUCCUCCGCCAGGUGYCUUUCCUCCCUUCGAUAUGUUGCCUCCUCCAGAAGUAAUGGAACAGAAGCUAGCUGGGCAACAUAUUGAGAUACAGAAACUCGCAACAGAGAAUCAGAGACUUGCUGCUACCCAUGGAACUUUGAGGCAAGAGCUUGCUGCUGCACAGCAUGAGUUGCAGAUUCUUCACGCUCAGAUCGGAGCUGUGAAAUCUGAAAGAGAACAGCAAGCAAGGAAUCUUUCAGAUAAGAUUGCAAAGAUGGAAGCUGAAGUACAAGCAGCUGAGCCAAUUAAGGUAGAGUUACAGCAAGCAAAAGCAGAUGCACAGAACUUGAUUGUAGCAAGGCAGGAACUUAUUACUAGAGUGCAACAUUUGACCCAAGACCUUCAGAGGGCCCAUGCAGACGUGCAGCAGGUUCCAGUUUUGAUGUCAGAACUUGAGAGUUUGAGGCAGGAAUAUCAGCAUUGUAGGGCAACCUAUGAUUAUGAGAAAAAAUUAUACAAUGAUCAUCUUGAGUCACUUCAGGUGAUGGAAAAGAAUUAUAUCACCAUGGCUAGGGAACUGGAGAAGCUUAGGGCAGAGUUGACAAAUACUACUAGUUUAGAGAGAAGACAUGGUGGACCUUAUGGUACUACCCAGAACAAUGAAAUAGAGGCUUCUGGGAAUCCAGCUGGACAAAAUGCUUAUGAAGAAAGCUAUGGUGUUGCACAGGGACGUGGCCCGAUGCCUGCUACUGCAGGUGCUGCAUCCGGUGCUGGUGCAACUGCAUAUGCGGGACCUCAAACUGGAUCGGCUGCACAGCGAUCUAACUAUGAUGCAGCGAGAGGACCCCAACGAGGACCCGGUUUUGAAGGACAGAGAGGAUCCAUUUACGAUUCACAAAGACCUGGUUAUGAUGGACAAAGAGGACCAGGUUACAAUAUGCCCGGGUUACCUACUUACGAUCCAUCCAGAGGAUCUGGCUAUGAUGUUCAAUCCAGAGGUGUCACAGGGCAUGCUGCACCUGGAAACACCGCUCCUUACGAGUCUUCGACGCCACCUGGUCGUGGUGGUGGGUUUGAAGCACCACCUCGAGGUGGAAACCCGGGUCGGAGAUGAGCCUAAUGUACCAUCUGAGAUAAUCUUAUGUUACUGAGUUUUCUCAUCUGCCUUAUCCAGGUCAUCUGUUGUGCCAUUCCCCAAAUUUGCAAAGCCUUUUUUUGCUAUGUUCCUCUGUCAACAUUGAUGGUAAGUUCAUUAUCAAAUACAACUUUUCAAACUCUUGAACUAGAGAACUUCACAUUUGAUAUCAAAGCCAAAUCAUUUCUGGUUCAGUGAUACAUCAUUUGAUCCAGGAAUCUGUCACGUGAUGAAUUAAGAGAAUCCAAUGUUCUCAAAAGUUUUAUUUCAAUGUUUUCAGUAAUCCCACUUUGAAAUUUGUGAGAUACUCAGAAAUCAGAUUGUACCGAGGCAAAAAGUCAAUGGAGGCCUCCUUCUGGUAAAAUGGCACAUCAACUUCCUUCCAAUUCUUUGUUUUAUUAGAGAUAAGGAAGAAAGCUACUUUCCCCAUUUUGUUUAA